AAAAAAGGCCAGCGAAGCCGAGGCGAAUCAGCCCAACUCAUCGUCUCCCCCAACCCUCCAGAACCUUCCGCCUCCGCCGCCGCCGCCUCCCCCCGCCGCCGACUCGGCCGCGGAAACCCUAGCGCCCCGCUCCCCGCGGCCUCACCCUCCUCCGGGCUCCGCCACCUCCUCGUCUCCGGCCUCUCCGCCUCCCGCGCUGCCGUCAGCCGGCCAGAUCUCGACGCCGUCAAACCGCCAUGGAGGACUGGGAUUCUGAAGACUUUCAGCCUGCAGCACCUGGUGCAAAAGCUGAGACACUUAAAAGUAAGUGGGAUGAUGAAGAUGUGGAAGAAGAGGAUGUAAAAGAAUCAUGGGAAGAGGAGGAGGAGGAGAAACCUAAACCACCGCCUGUAGAAAAGACUGCACCAAAACCUAGCGGGAAAGGUGCUGUGAAGAAAGGAAAACAACAAGCAUCAACUAGCACUGAAGUAGUUCAAGACGAAGCUCUGGAUGAUCCUGCUCUAGAGAAACUUCGCCAACAAAGGCUAGUGGAAGAAGCUGAUUUCAAAUCAACUACAGAACUUUUCGGAAAGAAGGAUGGCAGUGAAAAGUCCCUAGAGACAUUCAUACCAAAGUCCGAGAGUGAUUUUGCAGAAUAUGCUGAGCUUAUCGCAAAUAAACUGCGCCCCUAUGAGAAAAGCUUUCACUACAUGGCUCUACUCAAGAAUGUCAUGAGACUAUCGAUGACAUCAUUGAAAGGUGCGGAUGCGAAAGAUAUAUCCUCCUCCAUCACAGCAAUUGCUAAUGAAAAGAUCAAAGCUGAAAAAGAAGCUGCAGCAGGCAAAAAGAAACAAGGGACAAAAAAGAAGCAACUACAGAUGGAGAAUAAAGACGACGAUUUCAUCCCUGGAAGGGGUAAUUUUGAUGAUCCUGAUGAGUACGACUUCAUGUGAUCGGCUGGCUGUGAGGGAAUCAUAUUCUUCGAUGUAUACCUUGGCAAGCAGAGAUUAGAGUUUGCGGCAUAGUUGGUAUUUCAUUCAGAGGCAUCUGAACACUUGAAACGAUUGCAUGGGAACAUGCCCAUGCUGUGUUCGACGUUGAUUUUGACUCUUCUUGAGAUAGGAAGAGCGCCUGUGUGCUCGACACACGAGGCGUCUUUUCCUUGUUCUUAGUCCACAUUGUGUUUUUGUCUGUUGAUGGGUUUGGAUCUAUUUUUUGUCAACUGUAGUAUAACGUGUAUCUGGUUAAUAUUGGAGUCAUGCAAGUGAAUCUUGGUGGGUGCCUCGUUUGUUUUC